AUGUCAACAAUCUCAAUCCCCGAGCAAAUCGAAACCCGCGAAUUUGGCUUCAACGCCAAACAAGGUGUAAGCUGGUCCGACUACGUGAUCUUCCGACCAAUCUACCCACCCUCAUUCUUUAAUCGAAUCUUCACCUACCACUCAACCUCAAGUUCCAAUGCCAACCCCAAAACAACCUGGACCAUAGCCCAUGACGUCGGCGCCGGCUGCGGAAUAGCAGCCUCAAGCCUAGCAACACACUUCAAGCAAGUAAUAGUCUCAGACCCAAACGAAGGCUAUACAACCCUAGCGCACAAAGUCCUCGUCACAGAAUCAGGACACCUAGAAUCCAAAUUCCGAUUUCUACAAGAAAGUGCGGAAAAUAGCAGCGUUGAAUCUGGAUCCGUGGAUCUGAUUACUGUAUGUGAAUGUAUCCACUGGAUGCGGCCGGAGGUCGCGAUAGCCGAGUUUGCGAGACAGCUUCGUGUGGGUGGGACCUUGGUUAUUACGCAUUAUAAUCAUCCCCGGAUUGAGGAUAAUGAGCGGGCUCAGAUGGCUUGGGAUGCCAUUCGGGAUCUUUAUGUUGAGGCUGUCAGUAAUCCUAUGUUUGAGCAUGCGUUGCGGAUUAUGAAUUCGGGCUUUGAGAGUCUUGGUUUUCCGGUUGAGGUCUGGGAGGGGGUGAGAAGGCUGUAUGUUAAUGCUCUUGGGAGGGUUGAGACGUUCAGGUUGGAUGAUCGGGUUGGGGGGUCUUUGGUGAAAGAUGGAGAGGAGGUUGUUUGGGAGGAGAGAGAUGAGGGUUGGAUGGGUGAGCAAGACUUUGACUGGUUUAGGGGGUAUUUGGCUACUUGGGCUAAGCCUGAUGUGUCUGAAGAGGAGUUGAAGCCUUAUUGGGAGGAGUUGGAGAGGGCUAUGGAUGGGAAGAAGGUUAGGACUGUGACGCCGUUGGUUAUGGUGUUUGCUACCAAGAGGGCUUGA